AUGUCGCAGGACGUAAUUUCAUCUCAUGAGCAGCUCUCGAUGGAUGAGAUUACAAGCCCUCUCACUGCACAAAUCUUCGAUUUCUGCGACCCACAAUUAUUCCAAGAAACCUUUAAUCAAACUUCUGAAGUGACCUCUGCUUCAAAUUGUUGUGACUAUGUUAAAGACGACGACAACAACAACAAUAACUUUCCAGACAAAUCCAAUAGCGGUUCGAAUCAAGAUCAUGAAGACAACAACAAAAAUAACGACAACGGGGAUUUAUCGAUCAUAUUUGAUCCACAAGACGAUUUUGAAAACGAUAUCACAGCUUCCAUCGAUUUCUCUUCGUCUAUUCAAUUCCCAGUCUCCGAUCAACUCCAAGACCAGUUUGAUUUCACCGGAAUUCAACUUCAUCAGCCUCCGAAUAUCCUCUACUCUUCCUCUUCCGGUGAUCCUCUGCCUCCGCCUUUAUCGGUUUUUGAAGAGGAUUGCCUUUCUUCUGUCCCAAGUUAUAAUAUUGGCUCCCUAAACCCUACUUCCCCUUCUUGCUCUUUCUUGGGUAAUCCCGGUUUACCAGCUUACAUGGCCGUAACGGGGAAUAUGAUGAACACCGGUUUAGCCAUUGAAAGAUCUGGUUUUUACUCAGGGGGUAUCCAUUUUGGUUCUGAUUUCAAACCAACGCAUGAUCAAUUGAUGGAAAUCCAGGCUGACAAUGGUGGAAUGUUCUGCCCAGAUUCGAUUAAACCCAUCUUCAAUCCAGGAGAUCAUCUCCAGGCUCUUGACGGUGGCGAGAACCAGAACCACCUGGUGGCAACACCGGUUCUUCCGCAGUUAGGAACAGAGAUAACCGGUUUAGACGACGCGAGUUUCAACAAAGUCGGUAAACUCUCCGCUGAGCAGAGGAAAGAGAAGAUUCAUAGGUACAUGAAGAAGAGAAACGAGAGGAAUUUCAGCAAGAAAAUCAAGUAUGCAUGUAGAAAGACAUUGGCAGAUAGUCGUCCAAGAGUUAGAGGAAGAUUUGCAAAGAACGAUGAAUUAUGUGAACCAAAUAGACAAGCUUCUUCAAGCCAUCACGAAGACGACGAUGAUGAUCCGGGUUUCGGUUUGCAGGUGGGGGUAAAGGAAGAAGAACAAUUGGUUGAUUCUUCGGACAUAUUUUCACACAUAAGUGGUGUGAACUCUUUCAAGUGCAAUUAUCCAAUCCAAUCUUGGAUUUGAGUUGAUUGAUUACUUGGUUAUAAUAUCACAAAAUAGUAUGUUUGAUAUAGAGAGGUCUGUUUGUAUAUUUACUAGUACAUUCUUUUUGUUGGCUAUGACUCAUAUUUUGUCGGAAUUAUUUAGAACGUAAUAGAAGAGAGAGAUAAAUAAAACUGUAGCUAGUAAAGAGAGAGGGUUUGUCUAUGUUACAUAGAAUUGUAUUACAAAAUUUUUGUAGAUAUAAAUAAUAUAA